AUGACCACCUUAAACCACACUGGCAUUAGCCACACAGUCUUCCACUUGUUGGGCAUCCCUGGCCUAGAGGAUCAGCACAUGUGGAUUUCCAUUCCCUUCUUCAUUUCCUAUGUCAUUGCCCUGCUUGGGAACAGCCUGCUCAUCUUCAUUAUCCUCACAAAGCGUAGUCUCCAUGAACCCAUGUACCUCUUUCUUUGCAUGCUGGCUGGAACAGAUAUUGUCCUCUCCACAAUCACAGUACCUCAGGCCUUGGCCAUCUUCUGGUUCCAUGCUGGAGAGAUUUCCCUGGAUUGCUGCAUCACUCAGGUCUUCUUCGUCCAUUCCACCUUUGUCUGUGAGUCAGGGAUCUUGCUGGUGAUGGCAUUUGAUCGCUAUAUUGCCAUUUGCUACCCACUGAGAUAUACCACUAUUCUUACAAAUUCUAGGAUUAGAAAAAUUGGAGUGGCUCUCUUUCUGAGAAGUUAUGGUACCAUAUUCCCUAUAAUAUUUCUUCUGAGAAGAUUGACUUUCUGCAAACAUAAUAUUAUUCCACACACCUGUUGUGAACACAUUGGCUUGGCCAAAUAUGCUUGUAAUGACAUUCGAGUAAACCUUUGGUAUGGUUUUUUCAUCCUAAUGGCAACAGUGGUCUUAGAUGUUGUGCUAAUUUUUGUUUCCUAUGUGCUGAUUCUUUGUGCCAUCUUCCGAAUGCCUUCUCAAAAUGCUCGCCACAAAGCCCUCAACACAUGUGGCUCCCACAUUUGUGUCAUCAUCCUGUUUUAUGGGCCUGGAAUCUUCACAACCCUUACUCAGCAGUUCGGACGCCACAUUCCACCUCAUAUCCAUAUCUUGCUGGCUAAUGUCUGUAUUCUGGCUCCACCUAUGCUGAACCCCAUCAUUUAUGGGAUAAAGACCAAACAAAUCCAGGAGCAGGUUGUUCAUAUGUUUAUAAGGCAGAAGUAA